AUGCAGGUCUCUACUACUCAUGAGUCUGGCGACCUCUACACCUCACUCAAUAACGAUCCUGGAGUAGAGUACUGGUCGGAUAUGAACACUGAUCCGAUUUCGUUCCAACGGGAGAGUUACGGACUUGCAGGCAUCAGUGAUAUGGCGAAAGAGGACGUAGUGCACGUGGUGAUCUGUUCAGAUGUGCGUACCGUAGGAGGGAUGGUUGCUGUGGUGACAUCUGCACUCUUUCACACACCCGGGCCCAU